AUGGAUGUGGAAGAUCAGCUUUUUCAGCAAGAACUUCAGUCUUACUAUGAUGAGAUUUCUUCGCUAAAGGAUAAACUAACCGCAGAAACCAAUCAAGUUAAGCAGAAAUCCCUUGAACUGAAGCUCCUAGACGUCAGGAAACGCCUCAAUUUCUUUCUUAAGCGGACGAACGGCACUAAAAGAACUUUCGAGGACGCCCUUGGCGAACUAGAACAGCGUGCCGACACUGCCUAUGAGCCAGAAAUAAAGCAUGUAUGCAUAGAACCAGACCAAAAGGCUGAAGCCACGACAGAUUUUACGCCGAGUAGCGAUGAAUUUUCGCAAUUCGAUGCAGAUACAUUUCAAAGCGGCAACUCACAAGAGUAUUUUUUCGACUCUCAAAAUGAUCUGGAAGUGGAGCGGUAUUUGGAAAGGAUCAGACGACAGACGUGGAUUAAUGGCGAACUGGCAAUUACUGACCUUACUAAUCUGACUGAAGUUGCUCCUGGGCACAAACUAUAUGGACCCCUCUAUGCAUCCCUGCGGAAAUACCAGCAAACAGGUGUACGAUGGAUUCUUCGUCUUUUUUCUCUCAAUAGCGGAGGCCUCUUGGCUGAUGAGCCUGGUGUCGGUAAAACUGUACAGACAAUCGUUGCUCUUUCGUCGCUGUUUUUGAGUGGAAGGCUUAGAUACGUUCUGCUGGUGGUUCCGUCUACACUUCAGACUCAAUGGCUCGAAAUGGUACGCAGCUGGUGGCCACUCACUCGUUGCAUAUUGCUCAAUCGAGCGUCGGCGGUGGCAUAUGGGAUAAACGAAUCAGACAGCGAUAUCUAUACAUCGUUCUUGUCCUCCCUGGCCACAGACCUCAGGAAAUGCAGUUCUACAACCUGUACAUAUGCCGGAAAAACCAUGACCAUCGGCGAGUGUGGAACAAUCUUUAUAUCUUCUUAUGAUUUUGCUAUGAGGAACGCAUCUGCUCUAAACACGUUCUUUAAAGUCCUCACACCCAAAUCUCUAUCCAGCCAAGAGCCGUGUAUUCAGUAUGCUAUUUUCGAUGAAGUUCACUAUUUGAAAAAUACAGAAACAAUUCGCAUCAAGGCAUUGCGGGCCCUUAGGAUAUCAUGUAAGCUUGGUAUCUCAGCAACGCCCGUUCAAAAUAGUUUAGUAGAGAUCUAUUCACUGAUAACCUUCAUUCAACCAAACAUUCUUGGAGAUUAUGAUUCCUUUCUGCAAGAGUAUGACAUUCCCAUUCGCAAGGGAUCAAUGGAAAAUUCUAAUUAUGAGGACAUAUCUUUGGCGGCCUCCUUGGCACAGAGACUUGCAAAUAGACUCAAACCUUACAUACUACGACGCCUAAAAUCAGACGUAGAGCGGUCACUCCCUCCAAAAGUUGAGCAUCUUGUUUUUAUUAGACUGUCUGACACGCAAGAGCAAUUGUAUCUGCAACUUCUAUCAUCUGACGAGGCAAUUAUCAAGUUGAGGCAGCUCUCUGCUACAUCACGUUCAUUUGGUGAAGGGAUUACCAAACUGACCAUGGCAAAGCUUGUCCAACUGCAGCACAUAUGUGAUCAUCCUGGUCUGUUGAGCACCGCCCCAUUUGAUGACUCUGAGCUAUAUGAAAGUAGUUGCAAGCUGACAUAUUUGAUGGAACAGCUUACAACACUGUGGAGUCAGUCACAAGAUAAGAUUCUUGUCUUUUGCCAGGGUAGAAUGAUGCUUAACAUUGUUGAAAAGGCACUUUUGGAAACCGCUUCCUUCAAAAAUGCUUACCUGAGGAUGGACGGGAAUAUCCCAGUAGAUGCACGCCCAGCACUUAUAUCGAAGUUUUCUACGGAUCCGCAGAUUCGGCUUUUCCUCCUUACAACACGCGUAGGCGGUCUAGGGCUCAACCUUACUGCUGCAAAUCAUGUCUUUCUCUUAAACCCCAACUGGAACCCAACGAUUGAUGAUCAGUCAGUCGAGCGUUGCUGGCGCAUCACUCAAACCAAAAAGGUGAUCGUCUACAAGGUGUUUACCGGAGGCACGAUAGAAGAGAAAAUAUUCAACAGACAGAUAUACAAGCGCCUUCUAGUGUCUAGAGUACUCGACAACGCCUCCGUCACUUCAUUAAAGCUAUUCAAGAGCGACCUAUUUCAGUUGUUCACCUACAACCAACCAGACGUGCCAAUCAAUGUAAUAACGAAGGAGAUCAAUGUGUCAGUAAGUGGGGCAAAGGCAGGGGAACCGAUACAAGAUGAGAGAAGGGAACACAGAGAAAAGGCUAUUCGAAACAAGGUUGCAGAACUUUUCAGUGAUGACUUAAAGAAAUUCAUGAAGCAAGAGGGGUGCCACAAGUCCAGAGUGACCAAAGAAUUCUUAACUUUUCUAAGAAUACAGCAGCCCCAGAACUACCUCAAGUUAAUCGAUACCAUCUGUGAGGACUUCUGCAAUGAGAAGGCCUAUGUGUACACAUCAAAAGUAGAAGACGGCCCUUCUACGGGUCUGUUUGCCAUUAUGGGUUAUUGUGACGAGGAUGAAGAGCACUCUGUGGCACGACCAAAAGAAGUCAGCAAAGAAGCCUUACAAACGAGUAUCAAAGAAGUUGUGGAGAUAGCAUGUUCUGCAUCAAGCAAUACAGUGACGUUGUAUGCCAUCAAGGAGUCUUUGCAACGUCUAAAAAGUAGCACACAGAAAGACUUAGUAGACCAUUUGUUUUCUAAGGCAUCUAGCGAGGAACUACAGACACACACGCUGUUGGAGCUCAAGGACACUGUUGCGCGCAAGAUCAACCUUGCUGGUGUUGUGCAGGGGAAGAAAUAA